AUGAAGUGGAUGCACAUUGUCGGCCCAUUUUUGAUUCUGAUUCUCACUGUCUUGUGGCCCUACUGCCUGGGCGAUUACUUCAAGUUCACCAAUUUGGAAUGCAAGACUCUGGAUCCGAAAUUCGUGGAGUUCAAGGAGUGCCACCUGAAGCUCGUGCGCCGCAAUGUAGUCGGCAUGAACUUCCAUUUGGCGGUGAAGACGGAAAAGCCCAUCGACAAGAUCGAGUUCAAUCUGUGCAUCUUCCGCAAGUCGAAUGUCUAUCGGCUUUUUAUGGUGAAUAACACGCUCGACUUUUGCUACUACAUGAAGCGACCGCAGCAGUAUCCGCUCUUCUACAUCUUCCACGACUCACUGAUGAGCGCCACCAAUGCCAAUCACACCUGUCCCUAUCAAGAAAAGGAUAUCUAUCUGAGGAAAAUGACGCUCAGUGAGCAGGCCGUGCGGGAUCUUCCACUGCCCAAUGGGGAGUACAAGCUGACGGUGUCUGUGGGUGCUUAUAAGGUCUGGCGUUUGCAGGUCAACGUUUAUGGUGUGCGUGGCAGCUAG